GUGUCUGAUUUUUCGUGGGUUGCGUAUUAAAAAUUAUUAGAGUAGUUGAAUGUGGGAUGGGGUCCAGUAUUUCACCCUCGUGUAUAAAACGGCCAUCUCUCUCUCUCUUCUUCCUUCAUCACUCAUUUCUCCAUGAGCUCUCCUCUCCUUAUCACAGAAAUCAAAAGCGAAGGAAGAACUGAAGAAGACCCUUUUGUCCUUUAACAAUGAAGAGAAGGAACUGCAAUUUGGAGCUUCGGCUUCUUCCCCCCAACACUGAUUAUUCAAGCCCCCAGCACCACCACAACAUGAUGAUGGAGACGGGAAGAGGAAGCCCACAGGAGCAACAACAACAGCAGCAGCUUACCAUUUUCUAUAACGGAAGGAUCUGCGUUUGUGAUGUUACAGAGCUUCAGGCUAGAGCCAUCUUACUGCUUGCAAGUAGAGAAAUGGAGGAAAAAACAAGAACCCCGACUGCCUCAGACGCGACCUCGCCAUCUCUGCAUUCUCAGCUGUAUAGCGCUACUGGCCUUUCCAUGAAGAGAUCGCUGCAACGCUUCCUCCAGAAGCGAAAGAAUAGGAUGGAAGCAACCUCCCCCUACCAUCGCUAGUCAUGAAUCAUGACCACAUUUUUUUGGUUUGUUUUUUUAAUAUAAUCCAACGCGAUUCCUGAUUUUGAUCCAGUUGAGAAAACCCAUCUUGUAAAUUUUCUAGCUAUUCAACCCUGAUGCCAUAUGGGACUUGUAAAUUAAGAAAAAUUUACACUCGUGUUCAUUAAAUUGCCUUUGAUUUAUUACAUCAAUUUACAGAGAUUUCUGCUAGAAA